CACAUUCAGGAAGCAUAGCCUCCAGAACUCUGACGGUUCACUUGAUCAGAUAACAUUCGUUUGGAGUUUUCCCCGAUCAUGACUCGGGCUUCUUUUCCCGUGUUUGUGUUGCUGGUGUUUGCGCUCCAAGCUCUUGCUGUGGAGAAUCACAACUCUGGAUACAGUUUGGUAAGAAAAAGAAGAGAAUGGGUUCUUCCUCCAAAACCUCUUAAGGAAAAUUUCGAUUACACUAAAGAGAAGUCGAUCGCUAAGAUUCGAUCCGAUCGUCAGGUUGGCUCAAAUCUUCGCUACUCCCUGGAAGGUGUUGGGGCAAACAAAUAUCCUUUCCAUGUCUUUGUGGUUGACCCGAAUACUGGUGAUGUUAGUGUCACUAAAGUGCUUGACAGGGAAGAGAUCGCUAUUUACAACUUGUCUGGUGUUGCUACGUACAAAAAUGACACAAUUGCAGAAAAAAAAAUUGACUUACGGAUCAAGGUUGUAGAUGAGAAUGACAACUCUCCAGUAUUUCCAGAUGUUGAACCUGUUGGAGUAGAUGAGCUCAGUUCUAGAGCUACCUUGGUUACGACAGUCACUGCAUUUGAUGCUGAUGAACCAGGAAAUCCCAAUUCUCAGAUUGCUUAUAGCAUCAUAGGUCAGAAUCCAGCGGAAGAUAUGUUCUACAUAGACAGACAAAGUGGAUCCAUCUUUGUUAAAAAGCCUGUUCUGGACAGAGAGACAUGUAGUAAGUACAUUCUGACGAUAAAAGGUCAAGAUCGAAAUGGAGAUCCAGAGGGAAACACCGGAACUACCACUAUUACCAUAAAUAUCCUUGAUGUAAAUGACAAUGCUCCCAGACUGGAAAAAGUUCAGUAUGAAGGAAGCAUUGAGGAGAACACAGAAGGUGUGGAGGUAAUGAGAAUCAAAGCAGAGGACCUGGAUCUAAAAGGCACAGACAACUGGGAAGCUGUGUUUGAUAUUGUCAAAGGCAAUGAGGCUGGGUAUUUCAGCAUUAAAACAGACCCCAACACCAAUGAAGGCAUCUUAAUGCUUGACAAGGCUGUGGAUUAUGAGGAUAUAAAGACCCUUGAACUAGGCUUAGCCGUCAGGAACAAGAAUCCAUUAGUUGUAAGUGGAGGCAGUGGAGCAAGUGUAUCAUUUGGAGGCGGUGGAGGCGGUGGUGGUGGUGCCAGUGGUGCCAGUGGUGCCAGUGGUGCCAGUGGUGCCAGUGGAGCAAGUGGAGCAAGUGGAGCAAGUGGCGGAAGCGGUGGAAGAUUAACUUAUCCUAUCAAAAUCAAUGUGAAGAACCAGCCGGAGGGGCCACGAUUUGAUCCUAAAAUCAAAGCUAUUCCCGUCUCAGAGGGAGGGAAAUCCUUUAACAUUAAAAAUGUUAUUGCAAGCUACCCUGCAAAAGAUGGGGAUACUGGACAACCAGCUAAGGCAGUCAAAUAUGCCAAAGGCUCAGACCCUGACAACUGGCUAACGAUUGACCCAGAGACAGCUGAGAUCAAACUGAACAAGAUGCCUGACAGGGAAUCUCCAUACCUGGUCAAUGGGACAUAUACUGCCAAAAUACUCUGCAUUUCAGAUGACAUGCCUGGUAAAACAGCCACUGGUACGAUAGCCAUCCAAGUGGAAGAUUAUAAUGACCACUGCCCCACCCUGACCAGCAAUUUCCAGACUCUGUGCAGCACAGCAAAUGCUGUAAUUGUGAAUGCCAAUGAUAAAGACGCAUAUCCUAAUGGCCCCCCUUUUCGCUUUGAGAUUAUCCCAGAAAACACAAAAGGGAAAUGGAACGUGGAGCGUCUAAAUGACACUACAGCUAUCUUGCGGUCUCAGGAGGAUUUUUGGCCUGGUGUUUAUGAAGUGGAAUUUGUGGUGAAGGAUCAGCAGGGACACGCCUGCCCUGAACCUCAGAGAAUGACAGUCCAAGUUUGUACCUGCGAGGAUGGAGUUGUGUGUGGAAACCAAGGCAGCAAUGGUCGUGUUAGCAAAACAACAUCAUUAGGACCUGCGGGCAUUGGGCUAAUACUAGCGGGCCUACUACUGCUCUUGAUCAUUCCUCUGCUACUGUUCUUCUGCCUAUGUGGAUCUGCUAAACAGUUUCCAGACCUCUUUAGUGACAUGCCUGACUUUGAGACCAAGUCACACCUUAUUGACUACCGCACCGAAGGGCCGGGAGAAAAAACGGAAGGGCCACUACUUCUGACUACUGGCACAGUUAAAAAUGGAGCAAUGGCACCAGCGGGAAGUUUUGAUUAUGAGGCAUCUCUCACUGACAUUAAUGGGAUGAAAUUUGGCGCCUCUCAUGGUGGUUUUUCAACUGACUACAGACAAGAAAUGAGGGGUUUCAAUAAUUUCCAUUCAGAGUUUGAGACCAGAGAAUCAAGGCAAGGUGGAUUUUUUGAUAGCAUGGCCCUGCCACGUCACUUCCUGGCACAGUAUUACUCUCAGAAGACAGCCAGCGGAGAGGACAACCUUGGCGUGAAGGAUGGUUUGUUGGUGUAUGACUAUGAGGGCCAAGGGUCCUCUGCUGGCUCAGUAGGCUGCUGCAGCAUUUUGGAGUCAGACAAUGACCUUCAGUUUCUUGAUGACCUUGGACCAAAGUUUAAGACUCUUGCAGAGGUGUGCAGAGGCGAGACAAUUUCUUGUGAUGACAAACAAGUGCUACCCAUUACCCCUAAUGCCUACAUCAAUACUCAAACCUCAGUAUCAAGUUCGAUGAGUGCACAAAAGCUCUCCCCUCCACCCAAACUGGAGCCUGCCAUCUCCAAAGUGGAGCAGAGUGUGGUCAGGAAGACAACGGAGCAUUCUGAAAUUGUAAAGGAAAGUACAGCCAAGGUGAAGGAAGAGAUGAACACAAUGAAAACAGGGUUGGCAAGUCAAGGCCAGAUGCUCCUAAUGCAGCAGCAGCAGCCUGUGUACUACACCACCACUCCUGUGUUGCAGCCAAUGCAUUAUGUAGUCCAGCCACAGGUCCACAACACUGUGAUGCUGGCUAAGGCACAAACCACCAACCUUCAAGGCAUGGUACUGGUUAACAACACACAAUCUGGACCUGCCCAAGGAGUAUUCGUUCAAGGGCAGACACUAAUGUCCAGUGGACAAGCCCAGGGCCCCGCAAUGGUGCUAGUGGAGAAUGGUGACACCCAUAGUUGGAGUGAUGGCCUGAUCCAAGCUGGGAGCUUGUCUGGGUCCCAGACCAUGAUGGUUGUCAAAGGCAAGGCCCCUUCAGGGUCAACGAAAGUGCUAAAGGGGAGCCAGGGUCAUCUUGUUCAGGGAAGUACUCUACUGUCAGCAGGGGUCUCAGGAUCUAAGAAAGUGCUGACAGUUGGAGUGCCAACUAUCACCAAAGAGCAGCUGGUUCAAGAGGGAGGUCUUUCAAAGAAGAGUGAGGUCUUUGGCUCUGAAAAGGUCAUCUACAGCAGGAGCAGCCAAUCUACUGCCUUAAAGGCAAAUCAGUAGAGCAUUCACUGUAGUGACCCACCUACUCGUUUUUAAGGUGACAAGAGAAAAUCAUUAAAUGGCAGAUGAAUUCCUGGACAACAGACGACCCUUUUUAGUUUCAAAAUAGUGUAUUAAUCUUGUGCUUUCAGUAUUUUCAUGGGAAGCCUGUAAGAGCAAACAGUGGUGGUGAAGGGUGGUGGCGUGUGUGUGUGUGGAGGGAUAUGCAGCUUGUGCAGCUUUUCCUGGUUGAAAUGUAAUCAUUUCACAGAUUAAAGGAUACCGUUAUUACAUUUUAGUAGAUGUUGCACUUUGAAAUGUUGCUACUAUCAAGCAAAACUUAGACCUGUGGGAAUAAUCAAACCAUUCAGUAAUCCAUAAUCUCCUUUGGAUGGUGCAUUUAUGCCAUUGAAGAGACCACAUUACUCAUCACAUCAUAAAGCUGAUAAAUCAGAAUGUGUUAUUCAAUUGGAAUGAACUUUGCCUCUAAGAAGACAAGUGGACUCAAAUCAUGACAACAAAAUGCUCACUACAAUAUCAGGACAUCAUCUUAUCAUGUAACUAUCAACUUUACCUGCUCUUCUUUGUUCUCAAGUUAACACUGUAUUAUGUGUGUGGGUAUAAUUGAUAUCAACUGUUACAUUCUCAUGUUAUAUUUUAGGUCAUCACUGCUCUCAUUGUCUUGUUUUAUUUUUAUACCUAUAUACAAUCUGUGUGUUUUUACACUAAUAAAAUAAAAACAUUAAAGUCUUUUAGCUCAUUAAAUUUGAUUGUUAUUGCUCAGCCUAGACUGAUGGGUACUGCAGAAUGAACAACCCAAUUUUGUGAACACAAUAACUCAAGAAUGAUGUGAUGUGGCAUUUAGAAAACCAUAGGUGCGUCUACUAAAAGUCUCAGACAAGUUCAUAUCUUGGCGACAGAGGUCAAGUUUUCUGAAAAUCUUGCGAAUUUAACAAUUUGAUAAAGACGUUAUCUAUAAGUUCCAAAUAGAUACCAUAAGUUGCAUCUGUUAAAACUCACAGAUUUCAUUUCUGAAAAUCUGGUGCAUGCUAUAACUGAAGAAAAGUUAUGAUACCAUAGGCAUAUCUACUAACAGUGAACUUGAAUAAUUUGGUGACCUUGACCUAUAUCAAAGGUCAAAUAGACCUUUGACAGAUACAAUCAUGUGUGGUCAUAUAUACCAUCAUGCCAAUGCAGGCAACAAUACACUGUGAUUACAAGAGCUUUCAAACAUUCACGCAAGGCUUAAUAAAAUAGGUUUGCUUCUGGUGAUAUAGGUAUUUCUGAGCUGACCCCCCAGUCAGAGAAUUAUUUUGAAAUCUUUGGGGUUUUCUAUUACAUUGAUAAGGAUUUGUGGCUGCGUUGAUAUGUAAAAUCUGGGGUGUUAUGUGAUUGUGAAGAAUAUUUUUGCCAAUAAAAACAUAUAAAAUUCUAAA